AUGCCGCCAAAACGAAAGCGAUCAGCCACUGUAACCUCGGUCAAGAAAGACGCCAUGGACGCUGUACAGCCCUCAUCGCGCGAUGCCUCGGACGAGGGUGCCGAGGACCCUGUUCUCCAGGCAGUCGCGUCCAAGAAGGAGCGACAGGCCGAUGCCAAUGGCACAACCACUAAGCGGGUGCGCGUUAGGGGCGCCCACGGCGACCAAGACAGCGACGAGGAUGAGCGCGCGAGCAAGAAGAGCCGACGCACAUCAUCGCUUGCGGGCGACGACCACGGCGAGGGUGGUGAGGCCGGAAGCAUGCGCAUGGAGCCUCCACCAAAAGCUGGCUUGGUCGACCCUGUAGGCUACAAGACGAACCCCCCGCCAGAGGGACGACCGGUCAGGAUAUAUGCAGACGGUGUUUUUGAUCUCUUCCAUAUCGGACACAUGCGCGCCCUGCAGCAAGCCAAGACGGCCUUCCCCGACGUCCACCUCGUGGUCGGCGUUACCGGUAACAAGGAGACACACAAGCGCAAGGGCCUUACUGUCUUAUCGGCAAGGGAGCGUGCCGAGAGUGUGCGCCAUUGCAAAUGGGUCGACGAGGUCAUUGAGGACUGCCCGUGGAUCGUCACCGCCGAGUUCUUGUUGAAGCACAACAUCGACUAUGUUGCCCACGACGACCUCCCCUAUGGCGCAGACGAGGGUGAUGACAUUUACGGUCCGAUCAAGGAGCGAGGCAUGUUCUUGGUCACCCAAAGAACCGAGGGUCUCAGCACAACGGGCAUCAUCACAAAAAUCGUACGCGACUACGACCAGUACAUCGACCGCCAACUCAAACGCGGCACUUCGCGCAAAGAACUCAACGUAUCGUGGCUGAAGAAGAACGAGCUCGACGUCAAGCGCACCAUGGCCGAGCUCCGUGACAGCAUCAAAGCGAACUGGACCACAACCGGUCAGGAACUUAGCAAGGACUUCCGCCAGUUCUGGCAAUCAAGCCGUCCAGCAAGCCCAGCUCGGACACCAACACGGGAGCAGACCCAGGCCGAGGCCAUGGAAUCAGCCAACGUGGCUCGAUCGCCCUCUGCUAUAUCGCGCCUCAGCCACCUUGACAUCCCGCGUGCGAACAACAGCACGAGGGAAAGCUCCGAGUUCGCGGCUGGAUAUAAUCUAGGUUUGAUUGGAGGUGUGCGAUCAUGGAUGGCCCGCAGUCGUCGUAACCUUAAUGACAGUAGGCCGCAGAGCCCCAUUGACGAAAGCUCAGACGAGCAGGAAGCGAGGAGUCCCCAUCAGGAAGCGCCCCGUGGACGUACUGGCAAACAAACGAAGAGCGAGGCUAUGGAUACUGCAGCUUAG